AUGCCUAGAGAGCUGCUGGCCAUGAGGAUGCAGAUGACUGGACAGAUCAAUUUGGAGGUGGACGCAGCACCACAGGAGGACCUGACCAGAGUCAUGGCUGAGAUUCAUGAGCAGUACGAGUCCUUAAGUGCCAAGAACCAGCGUGACCUGGAGUCCUGGUUCCAGACCAAGACGUUGAACAAGGAGGUGGCGUCCAGCACAGAGGUUCUCCAGACCUCCAAGUCAGAGAUUUCGGAGAUCUGUCACACACUGCAGGGCCUGGAGAUUGAACUGCAGUCACAGCUCAGCAUGGUGAGCCGUAAUUAUUUACACGGACCACCAUUUAGGGGCUCCGGCCUCAGCUCCGGUCUCAGCUCCUCCAGCUCUGGCCUCAGCUCCUCUAGCUCCGGCCUCAGCUCCUCUAGCUCCGGCCUCAGCUCCGGCCCCAGCUCCUCCACCACACGCAUGGUGGUGAUCGUCACAGAGGAAAUGGUGGAUGGCAAGGUGCAAGCAAUGGGUUAA